UUUUCAUUAUGCGUAUAAAUUCUGGUUGUCACUAACUCUUGUCCUGUCCUAUGACCACACUGCUAUAGAUGCAUCAUAGACUUCCUCAUACUUCAUAUCUACCAUGAGCGAUGGCGAUGCCUGCACAAUCUGACAGUGCCGGUGCGCAGAGCACUCGUGAAAAAAGCUUCAGCGCACCGGAUCGCAAUGGUCAUGUGAAAACAUGUGUCAUCCCACUGAGCAGUGACCGAGAUUACGAGUCGUGGGUGAGGCUAAUGUUCACCAAAGUAUGGAGUUCCCAGAGACUCCGGAGUGCGGUGUGUGUGGGGUCGCUCUCGGUUUUCCUCGCUCUGUUGGUCAAAUGUUCAGACUGGAGAGCUGAAGCCAGCAGCAGCAGCAGCGCUGACAACAGACUCUCGCAUUCAUCCUCUCCCCUUCACUUGGUUUCAGGCUGCGCGGCGGAGCUGUUGCAAACUUGCUGGAGUGUUGUUUCCCCUUUGUUCACCCUCGUGUGUGCCUUCUUUUGGGUCGGUGUCUACUUCAUCCGCUGCGGAGCUCUAAUCCAGACCGCCCUCUCCCUCCUGACCGUGUGCCACCUGGGCGAAGCCGUGGCGUGGUCUCUCCUGGACGGGACAGAUGAGCAGCUGUUUUCGUUCUCGACAGCGGCCGUGGUCGUGCUCGUCUGCGUGGCCACCGGCUCACUCAUGGUAGCGCGGCUGAACCAGGGCAUAUCUGUGGUGGUUUUCAUUAGCCUCGUCAGGACCAUCUCACUCUUCUCGCUGCACAAAGUGCGGGCCACUUGGAGACCGUACGUUGCGUACCUGGUUGGAGUGCUGGGCAUCCUGCUGGCGAGGUAUGCUGACAAGCUCCUUCCCAACCAAGGGAGACACAAGGAGGGCUGCACCCCCGUGACUGGAGCUAGGGAAGAGAUCCCUGUAUUUAAAAGGCGCAGGAGGUCCAGUUCUGUGAUAGCCUCAGACAUGGCGCACAGUCAGUCCAACAGUAAGUCACAUCGCCGGACCUCUCUGCCAUGCAUCCAGAGGGACCAGAUGCUCCCCCGUUCGGAUUGGGACCACAAGAGAGGCUCCCGGGGAUCACAGUCAUCAGGCACCACCGUCAUGGUGGACAUAGCGGUGAUGGGAGAAGCCCACGGACUGAUCUCAGACCUGCUGGCUGACCCCUCUCUGCCCCCCAACACCUGCACCUCAUUGCGGGCCGUCAACAACCUGCUAACCACCCAGCUCACCUUCCAGUCUCUGCACCGGCCACGCACCGCUCCGCUGCUUAACCUGGGCGAUGCCUACACACUCUCCGACUCAGAGGACGGACCAGAGAAGACGUCCAUCCAUAAGCGUCUAAGGCGCAGUCUCCACCCUGGCCUUCUAAGGAGGAUCUCUUCCACGUGGACCACCACCACCUCUGCCACAGGCCUGCCCACCAUUGAGCCUGGGCCCGUCCGAAGGGACCGCAGCGCCAGCAUCAAACCCUACCAUGAAGCCCUCGCCUGCAGCUGUGGGAGACCAUACAUCAGACUGAGCCAUGGGGAGGGUUCUAUAGACAAGGGAGACAGGAUACCACGGGCAGCUGAGGACCAAGUGAUGGUGUCAUCAGACUAUGACAGCACCCACGAAGCCAACCACAGUGACAGCAGUGAUGUAGCACACACAGAGGAGGACACAGAGGAAGGAAAAAACCCUGCUCAGAAUGUCAUCCUCCACCCACUAAUACCUCCUGAGGACAAACCAAUUAUGGCUCCAGAGCCAUUAGUUAUGGAGGACUUAGAGCCUAUGAUGAGUCAGCUAAAUAAUUGGAACUUCCCCAUCUUCAAUUUGAUGGAAAAGACCAAUGGGAAAUGUGGACGGAUCCUCAGUCAGGUCGCCUACAGGCUCUUUGAAGACACUGGUCUGUUUGAGACCUUCAAGAUCCCUGUCAAUGAAUUCAUGAACUACUUCCACGCCCUUGAGAAUGGUUACAGAGACAUACCAUAUCACAACCGGGUCCACGCCACAGAUGUGCUUCAUGCAGUCUGGUACCUCACCACGCAGGCAGUGCCUGGCCUGCCCAGCCUCAUCACUGACCAUGGCUCUGCCAGUGACUCAGACUCCGACAGUGGAAUAACACACAGUCAUAUGGGCUUCCUGGUUUCAAAGACCUACACUGUGUCAGAAGAUGGUUACGGCUGCCUGUCAGGCCUCAUUCCUGCUCUGGAGCUCAUGGCCCUUUAUGUGGCCGCUGCGAUGCACGACUACGACCACCCCGGGCGGACGAAUGCUUUCCUCGUGGCCACCAGCGCCCCACAGGCAGUGCUCUACAACGAUCGAUCCGUCCUGGAAAACCACCACGCUGCCUCAGCAUGGAACCUCUUCAUGUCGCGGCCGGAGUACAACUUUCUGGUCAACCUGAACCACGGGGAGUUCAAGCGCUUCCGCUUCCUGGUCAUUGAGGCCAUAUUGGCCACUGAUCUGAAGAAGCACUUUGACUUCCUCGCUGAGUUCAAUGCCAAGGUGGGCGAUGAUCCAUCCACGGGUAUUGAUUGGUCUAAUGAGAACGACAGGUUGCUGGUCUGCCAGAUGUGCAUUAAACUGGCGGACAUCAAUGGGCCUCUGAAGUGCAAGGACCUGCAUCUACAAUGGACCAAGGGCAUCGUCAACGAGUUCUAUGAACAGGGCGAUGAGGAGUCCAGCCAGGGCCUCCCGGUCAGCCCCUUCAUGGACCGAGCGGCACCACAGUUGGCCAAACUCCAGGAAUCCUUCAUCACACACAUCGUGGGACCGCUGUGCAACUCCUACAAUUCAGCCAGCCUCAUGCCUGGACGAUGGGUGGAGUACAACCCAGAGGAAGAGGAGCCAGAGAUCACUGAGAAUGAGGGGGAGGAGGAGGAGGAGGAAGAGGAAGAUACUGCAGAAGAAGACACGUCCACCAGCUCAGAAGCAUCGCAGAAAGGAACAUCCAACAAGAGAAGGAAAGUCUUUUGCCAGAUCACCCACCACCUGCUGGAGAACCACGAGAUGUGGAAGAAGGUGAUCGCAGAGGAGGGCCAGAAACAGGGCCAAGGAGCAGAAUCUGUCCAUUUAAACAAUGUAGCCGAGCCAAUCCUGGCUAUUCACGAGGAGGAAGAGGAGCCAGGCAGCCGAGAGGAGCUCGUAGAAGGAGAGGAUCCAGAGGAGGGGGUGGAGGAAUCAGAGUGGCCUGUUUCUCCGCAGGAGGACUCUCAGCCUCCAGUGGAACUAGCAGAGGGGGACCCACAGUGAAACAGCCAACUGGAAAUAUGGCGCCAGUCAGGGCAAGGACGUAAAGAAGUAUUUCUUGUUUUCUUAUCCUAUCAACUGACUCCUGUCUUUGCCAGCACUUCACUUAGACACAACACUGUAGAUGUUUGGAAAAUGUGUGCCUAUACAGAAAAAAAACAGGGUGGGAAAAUUUGUGAUUUACACAUUUUAUCUGAAUAUCUGGUUUCGCCAAACAGUUAAAGGAGCUUUCCAUUUUGCAAUACAGGAUUAUUUGUGUACUUUGGGAUACAGACUCUUUUGCUACUGUCAAGAGAAGAGGACAACUGCUCGCACAGACCUCAACCCAACGUGGUAACACAGGACUGCAGACAUUUGCUGCCAAUUUAUACAUAAUUAUUUUCUGAAUGCAAUUAUAUAUAGACAUCACAGUUACUUGUACUUGUGUUUCAAUUUUAGCAAGAGUUUUUGAGGCCUCACAUGGGCCAUAUUAUGUUUUCUUUUUCUAUAUAUGGAUUAUAAAGGGAGGCAAUCAAAUGAGGAACAUUGGCGUAUCUUUUAUUCCUUUCAACUUCUGCCAAAAUGAAUCACUCACCCAUAGGGUUUUGCUUAUGAAAUCAAAUGAUCGCACUUUUUCAUCUUACAUUUGUUGCCAUAUUAAGUACUUUAUACAAUUUGGUGUCGCCAUAUUACUUUAUGGUAGGAGACUCAAGGCUCUUUACACUCUGUAUUUGUGUGUGUGUGUGUGUGUGUGUGUGUGUGUGUGUGUGUGUGUGUGUGUGUGUGUGUGUGUGUGUGUGUGUGUGUGUGUGUGUGUGUGCGUGUGCGUGUGUGCGUGUGUCUGCAUGUUUAAAUUAGUGUGCUCAAAUGCACAAUCCUUCUACGGAGGAUUUUUCUGCGCCAUCUCUGGUCUCCAGCCCCGAGUGGUCAUAGUGGUCAUUACAGGGUUCACUGUCUCACAUGUAGUCCAGAGAGGUCUGCACUGACAAGGCAACAGAGGGGGAGUUGGACAUUAAUCUGUACUGAAUACAAAACCAAAAAGGGAAUACAGUACACAGAAUACAGUAAGACUACCAAAGUGUGAAGGGUCAAAUAACUGCAUCAUUAAAACACCAAAAAACAGAAAUCCUAAUCUAUUCAACGAAGGUCACUAAAAUGAAUGAGAUGUAAAAUCCUACAGAGUUCUUUGAAGAUGGCCUUAGGUAGACUAACUAAUACACUGUCCUACAACUUCUUUUGUCUAUUUCUUUUUGCAAUUUUUGACUAUCUGACUAUGUAUUUGGACUCAGUGUGCUGUAUUAUAGUCUUUAUUUACUUGUUCUCAUUAUGUAAAAAAAAAAAAAACUGCAAAUGAUGCUGAUCUUUAACCCUCAGGAAAAACUCAACUGUUGAAAUUCAAAGUAAACAUCUGUAUCACCUGUGAGGACAGUAAGUUACAGUUCCGGUUACACAUAUGCAGGGAUCGUAAGCUAGUUUUAAAUAUGUUCAUGAAAGGCCUUUAUGCCACAACCCCUUUGACUAUUAUAACAUCUUUGCAUCUAAACACUGUGCAUCUUUCUGAAUUAUUCUUCCUCUGGCACCUCAGGGAGACAUUUACUCUCCCAAAAUUACAAACAGGCAGGACGAGGAAGUGUGUUGGUGCAAGGCUGAGAGCCGCUACACUUAUCUGAGACUAAAUACUGAAGCUAUUUGAUGCCAGUAGAAAAUAUUGCUCUUGAUGAAAUGGAUAUGUAUCAGUAAUGACCAAGACGAUGGUGAUGGCAGCUGUGUGUCUUAUUUACUGUUUCCUCUUUGAAACAUCAAGUUUGUCAUGAGGAUUUUCCAACAUUUGGCCCUAAAAUGCUGUUUCCCAUUACUUUUUUAUGACGUAAAAUAAUGUUAAUGAUUAGCACAUUGUGAUUAUAUUCAGAAAUUACAUUCUCCACCUAUAAUGCAAAUCUCGGGGACAUAAUGUUUUUAUUGCUUCACAAUCACUGUGAUAAUAUAAAAAGGUAGUGAGUGUGUCGGUUGUAGCAAUCGUCCCUCCAGACAUUCAGUCGAUGAAAUCAAUGAAGCAAAGAGAAAGUACUCUCCAAGACUGGCCUGAGGUCACGUGAUAUCCCAUACUUUCCACCAAGAAAAAGCCACAAGUUAAACCAAAUUCAGUAACCAACUGCACAGUAGCUUGAGUAGGAUGCAUAAUGUCCCUGAAGAAUAUCCCACUUAGCUUCAAUAAUUCACAUUCGCAUAGAUAAAGUGUUUGAGAGACCUUAAGUAGAUCUUGAGUUGAACAAGUAAAGUGCUUUACACUGAGUUGGCAGGUCAACUUUCUGUCACGAGUGCAGUGAGGCAAUAUGUUGUGAAUUAUACACUGCUAAUCUCAUCAAGUUCUUAUGACCCACAUGCACAUUUGAAUCUCUUUUGCACUGGUUUCUCAUCUCAUACUGUUCCACAGCUCUCCUUCACAAUCUCGUUUCUUUAAACUCCUCGAUAAAAGGCUCCACGGCACACAAGGGGACCUGUGGACAGAAUAUGAGAGAGCUUUCCUGUGAUGGAAGUUGCAAUGGGUGUAGAGCCUUGUACCCUGCAUUGACAUGCUCUGCUGUCAGCCAAUGUUCCCAACGGAGCAAGUAGCGCACUGCAUCCAUGAUGGCCCGCUGGCCUGACGCUGCCCUCUGCUGCGGUGACAAGGGGAGGACGACCAACUCAGGAACUGCAGCUUUUAGUCCAAACAAGUUGAAGAUGAUUGGUUUACCCGCUGAUCAGAUCGGCAUUCGACAGAGAGUCAGAUCCAACUUGAGGCAGCCACUGAAUCAGAACUUUUUUUACUCAUGAUCAUGUGUCGCCUCACUGAUUGUACCUUAUGUACAAAAUGUCCUCCUGUGUUCUCUAUGUUGCCUGCAAUUCAUCCCUUAAAUAUCAUCAUCACUACAGAGACAAUAAACACAUUUUAUUUAGCAUUUUGAAAAACCUGAUGAGUUGAAGAAAAAAAAGGGUGUUAUAGUGGCAAGCAAUUCCAGGGUUAUAAAUAUAUAUAAUUACAUCAACUUAAACUGUUUAAACGUUUUGCCUUGUGAAUGUUUAAAUAACGUAUACAGUGUGUGCAUGUGCGUGAGAGAGAGAGAGAGCAAGAGCAAGAUAAUGUGUGUUUGUAUCUGUGUUCGUUUGAUUUCUUCCAUCGGCCUCUGUAAUGUGACUUUAUUUGGCUAUUUAGCAUUUACUGUUGAGUAGCGGCUUCGUAGAGCUGGUGAAACAAUGAAGGGUAAAGUGAUGCAGGAAGUAAUACUUCAAUUCUUCUCAGAUGAAAUCUUUAUUCACAGAAGGUCCGAUGGCAUCUUUCUCCUUGUGCUUCCUCUUUGAUCUGCCAAGUGCUCGGCGUGCAGAUCAGAGAACCUCACUGGCAACAGCGGUCGAGCAUUCAUCCCACGUCUCUCAUCUUUAGAGGUGAUGAGAUUCUGUCCACUGUGUUAGUUUGUUGGUCUCUCUCCUUUUAUAGCAAUGCAUUUCGUCCCCUGUCACAUCAGUCCCAAGUCCUACUUGCUCUUGAACCUUGAACUGAUCCAGUAUAUCGGUUUUGAUCGUGUAUUUUUUUUGUCUUAAUUGGUUUUAUUUCAUUGUCAUGUACUUAUUCACGCAUAAAGCAUUAUUGUAACCAUGGGAACCAAACAAGAUUCACAAUUAUGUCAAACUAAAUGAGAUGAGUAUUUUUAUAUAGUUGACACAUGAUUAAAUAAUUGCUUUCUUCUCACUAGUACCUUGCACUUAUCACACGUACUAAUACUUACACAAGGAAGAAUAUGUCCAAAUACACAGUAUUUGUGAAAGUAAAAUAAUUUUCUUGCAGGUUGACGCUCCAUUUUGUAUAAUAUACAUAUAUGCUGUACAGUAGAGAAAUUUUAAAACUACAAAAACUCUUUUAGAUAUACAUUAUUUAUUUUUACCAUUUUGUAAUUUAGACACUAUACUGUAGCUUCAAUAUUGCCAGACUUACUGGAAGUGCCUAUAUUGGUAUUAUGUAUCAUACAGUGAAUAUAUUUGAAGAUCAUUAGAAGUUGUCACAAACUGAACCAUGUGGAUGUUGUAAUGUGAAUACAUUGAAUUACAAGACUAUAAUUUCUGUGGUAUCCUUGUGUCUGUGUUGUGUUUAUUUUUCAUCUUUGACUUGUGUUUAGAAUUGGCUUUAUCUUUAAAUCUACACGGUAUAUCAUGACAUAAUUUAUUUCUGAACAUUGAUCAUUUUAAAGUGUUAUUCAAAUGCUUUCCAGAAAUAUUUGGCUGUGUUGAUUUAGUCAGAAGCAGACCACAAAGUCCCUCUCUCAGUCCAUGUUAUU